AACCGACCUCUGGUUUGUUUAACUUCAUUAGUUCCGGUGUUUUUGAUUCAUUAAAUCCUUUUUGACCGUUUUUAUUGAUGGAGUUUGGUUUGAUCGACUGUCACUGUCAUUUAGCUGCGCGAGAGUUCCAAGAGGAUCUGUGCCACGUGAUCCAGAGAAGCAAACAGGCUGGCGUAAAGACUCUCGUGGUCGUUGUAGAAGAAGCUGCGGAGUUUUCCAGAGUUCUGCAGCUGCAGGAGAGUUAUCCGGAUCUUGUGGCUCCAUGUUUCGGCCUCCAUCCUCUGCAGAGCUGCGGGGGGUCCGAGCAGCGCAGCGUCAAGCCUCAGGAUCUGGAUCCGGUCCUGCAGCAGUUCUACGCCCACGGGGAGCGCCUCGUCGCUGUCGGAGAGAUCGGGUUGGAUUUCACUCCGUGGUGCGCGCCCACUCAGCAGGACAGAGACGACCAGAUGAACGUCUUCGUUAAACAGCUCAGCGUCUCCAAGGAGCUGGACCUCCCUGUGAACGUCCACUCACGGUCUGCAGCUAAAGUCACCAUAGACACCAUGAGACAACAAGGUAUCAGUCAGGCUCUGCUUCACAACUUCGCUGGGAAGCCGUCCGUGGCUCUGGAAGGCGUGAAAGCCGGUUACUACUUCUCCUUCCCACCUGCUGUCUGCAGGAACCAACAGAGAGACAAACUGAUCAGGCAGAUCCCGCUGGAACACAUCUGUCUGGAAACAGACUCUCCUGCGCUGGGACUCGACAAAGAUGUGAGGAACGAGCCCAGCAGCAUCGGCCUGUCCUGCAGCUACAUCGCUGAGGUCAAAGGUCUGUCGCCUCAAACGGUUCAGGUCGCCACGGCUCACAACGCUCGCAGACUCUUCCCCAAAGCAAAAGCACUCGGAUCAUGUCCCGAUGCAUCCAGGUAGAAAGAUCUAACGAAGCUGAGUCAGGUUCAAAAUGGAAACACUCAGAUCAGACUGCACCUGCUGACAGUGCCACGUAUUUAAUUAUAAGCUCAUAAUUUUGAAUCACUUUAUAUUUUAAAUGCCUUUUCUACUUUAAUUUAUGGUUGUGUAAAAUUUAA